GUAUCUUGCAUCUGAGGGGGGCGAGGAGGUCAGGGUUUCGAUUUUUCGAGAAGGGGGGUUGCAGAGUCUUAUGCAGAUCGUCCUCGAAUCGAAAAAUUUAGAUGUGUUGGAACACGGACUGAGGGCGAUGCAAGCGUUAUCGACCUUCCUUCCUGCAGCUCGAGCAAUGGCUUGUUCUUCUGAAUUCUUCGUUCACAUAGCUGAACUCAUAAGGACCGGAAAUAUCCAGGUCCAACAAACAUCAGCUUCUUUGCUUACAUCACUAUCUCCAAAGGAAGAAAUUAGGCGAUCAAUGGCCGAAUGCAUGCCAUCUCUAAUUAAAAUGCUCGAGUUGCCGAAGCCUGUGAGCGCGCAAGAGAUCGCAGCUGAAGCUUUGGCUUGUUUGCUAUCAGCUAGACCGAAUAGAAUAGAAUUUAGUCGAGAUCUGAAGAGCAUGACGAAGCUCGUUCAGAUGUUGGAUCCGAGAAGGGAAGAAAUCUGCAAGAAAUUUCCCGUGUCGGUCGUGCUUGCAUUGGCUGCUAGACGGCAGCGAUGCAGGAAGAGGUUGACAUGAACUGGGGGAGUUGUCAAGCAGCUGCAAAAGCUUGUUGAUGGUGGCGAUGUCCACCGGAGCAAAGAGGCGUUGAAGUUGAUCGCAGGUAGUAGGUUGAAGAAUCUCUUCUCCAUUGAGCU